AUGGAUGGAGGCGUGUUAAAACUCCUCGGGGGCUAUAGUAAAUUAGAAAACAUUGGACUCGAAGAUGUUUUACUGGAUUUUACAGGCGGAUUGAUUGAAUAUAUUGACUUUACCUCCAUAAAUACCGAAAUGGCUCGUGUCGAAAUGUUUGAAAAAAUUAAAAAAAUUUUAGACGAUGGUGUAAUUAUUGUUUUGGUGACAAAGCAUGAUAUCCCUGCGCGACCUACUCUUCAACAAGACGAGUCCCAGGUAUCACUCGACGACAAUUCUACUCAGUCGGAUAAUACUUCAUACUCAGGCUUGUUGCCUGGCCAUCCCUAUCUAGUGACCCGACUCAUCGUGGUACCCGAAAAUACCAGCAUGCUCGGUGCUAUCUUAGAUGCAUUUAGACCAGCUGCUUCUUGUCGGCCUAAGGCACAUUUGGCCCGUCUACAAUGUCCUUUAAUAACUGAGACUGGUGGUGUCGGUAUUGGGGAAUGGAAAGGUGCUUGGUCAGAAGGAUCGAAGGUGACGUUUUCUCUAACAUGGCUUAUUGAUAUAAUGCUUUUUUGCUAA